CAGGGCGUAGUUUUCCUCAUUACAAAGAUGGCGGCUCCCUUAGCACUGCUUUUGAUUGUUGCAGUCACAAUUAGAGCAUUAUUGUUUAGAUCGAGUAUUGCCGACCUAAUAUCAGAAAGGGUUGAAGUGGUUUCUCCAUUAAAUGCCUGGAAGAGAGUUGUGGAGGGUCUUGCUCUGCUGGAUCUUGGCGUCUCUCCCUACUCCGGAGAUGUGUUCCAUGAGACUCCCCUGGUCAUCUAUCUCUUCCACUUCCUGGUUGACUAUGCGGAGGUUGCGUUCAUGUUAGCAGAUGGAAUCACUGCUGUGGCUCUCUACCUGGCUGUGAGGGACUACAACAAGCAUGUGUUCAGGAAGCAGAAGUAUGCUCUGGAGGCCGACCGCUACCCCCUAGACUGUCUGGAACUCAUACGCACCCCCAGACAGAUGCACUACAUCCCCCUCAAGGUCGCCAUGUUCUACCUGUUGAACCCAUUCACCAUCCUGUCAUGUGUAGCCAAGUCAACCUGUGGGCUGAACAAUGCUGUCAUCGCCCUCUUUAUCCUCUCCACCAUCAGAGGAAGUGCGUUGCUGAGUGGCAUCUUCUUGGCUCUGGCCACCUACCAGUCUAUCUACCCUCUGACUCUGUUCGCCCCGGCACUGCUGUAUCUUCUCCAGAGGCUGUACAUCCCGGUGAACGUGCAUCGUAGCAGCUUCUGGGUGUUCACCAUGCAGUACGUGUUUGUGUUCCUGGGAAGCCUGUCUGUCCUCAUCUGCCUCUCCUUCUUCCUGCUCGGGUCCUGGGACUUCCUGCCCUCCGUCUACGGCUUCAUCCUGUCUGUCCCUGACCUGACCCCUAACAUCGGACUCUUCUGGUAUUUCUUUGCUGAGAUGUUUGAACACUUCCGGUUGUUCUUCAUCUGCGUCUUCCAGAUCAACGUUUUCUUCUACACCAUUCCUCUCUCCAUCAAACUCAAGGAGCACCCGGUGUUUCUGAUCUUCAUGCAGAUCGCUGUGAUCUCCAUCUUCAAGUCCUACCCCACAGUGGGAGACAUCGCUCUCUACAUGGCCUUCCUGCCUGCCUGGACACACCUGUACAGAUUUCUCAGGAACAUCUUCCUGGUAUCGUGUGUGCUCCUUGCCUGCUCUGCCCUGUUUCCUGUCCUCUGGCACCUGUGGAUCUAUGCUGGCAGCGCCAACUCCAACUUCUACUACGCCAUCACGCUGCUGUUCAACGUGGCACAGAUCCUGCUGGUGUCAGAUUACUUCUAUGCGUUCCUGAGGAGAGAGUAUCACCUGACCCACGGCCUGUACCUGAAGAGGAAGGAUGGCACUGAGGCUACGCUGGUCCUCAAAUAGACACACACACAUAUACACACCACAGAUACACACACAUAUACACACCACAGAUUCACACACAUAUACACACCACAGAUACACACACAUAUAUACACAGACAUACACACACAUAUACACACCACAGACACACUGACUCACACAUAUACACCAUACACAUCCAAAUGCCACACACACACGUACAUGCACUGUAACAGGUACAGGCCCAGAGAUGGACUGCUCUGCUGGUUACCAUGCCGACUGGAAGACAUGGUCACCAUGGGAACCAUGGACUUGGAUCAGCGUUAAACUCCAUCUUGGAACAGAUGAGGACUAUGUUUAUUUAUUUUCUGCAUUUAAUUUGUUCUGUUAUGUUUUGUUUGCUUUAAUGUGCUGCACUUGAUGAAAUGCUUUUGAUAUGUGUGUGUUUAUUUUCUACAUGAUAUUAAAAGCCCAGUUGACUUUU